AUGGCGUCACGGCUGUUUUGGCCUGGAGUGCGAGUCCAUUCAAGAAUUUGCUGCUUUCAUUCUCCGCGUUCUUGCGUAUAUAAAUCACUCGUUCGCUUUUACACUUCCAGCUUUAUGUCAGGAGACAUGAAAGAUCUUAACGGAGUCGAGACGAAGGAAGAAAAUAUAUCCAACUUCUUUCUCAAUGCCCAAGAAACGAAACUCAUGGAGAGUAAGUGGAAGCGAAGGUUUCUGGACACACAAUAUCGCUGUGAUGCGAUUUUCAUCUUGGGCCCUAUGGGAGCAGGGAAGACUACUGUUACAAAUAACGAGUUUAAGACCCAUCCAGGUUACAGGAAUUACGCGUACGUAGACACAGACGAAAUCAUGGGAAUGUUAAAAGGGUUUGAAUCAAACAAGGUGGAGGAAUAUUAUCCAGUCGCUCGUAAGAUUGCUAUUCAUCUUACCGACUGGAUUUUGGAGCAGAAGAUCAGCUUUGUAGCAGAGGGAACAUGUGUUAAGUAUUUGGAGCUCAUAGACUACAUGAACCGCUUAAAAUCGGUCGGCUAUCAUGUCCGCGUGAAACGCUUGCCUCGAGUUCCGCUGGACAUAAUUCUUGAAAGAGCUAAACGACGAAAAAAUCGGUUAAUUCCUGAUCACGUAGUGGAAUCGAUUUUGGAAGGAUCUAACCUUGGAAUAGAAAAACUGUACGAGUUUAAUAAGACAGAAUCGCUGUUUGAGGAUAUGGACGAACAAGAGAGAAGAGAAGAUCUAAGAUCAGUUGCUUCGUUAGAAAUUCCAUCACCAACUGCUUGAAACCUUAUGUUAUAUAAUAUAGGCAACAAGCACUUCAAGUUAGGAGGGUAGCGUGUGUCUCAGUCUUCUUCAUGGUUAUAAGUGACCUACUAAGUUGUUGGUGAUUUUAUGUGAGAGUGACAGGAAUAUGGAAUAGGACAGUAAGUUUGGCUAAAGCAUCGUUUACUGUUUACAAACAAUAGCGCUAUAGUCAGUCACAUCGAACGGACUUCAACUACAAAAUCAUAGUUAACCAUGAUACAUGCAGGAAGUUUGACCUGUCAAAGUCUUG